UCUUCUUCCCAUUUUUUAGCAACCUUAAACAUUGUUUUAUUUUCUGUUUUUUUUUUUGGUCUUUGUUUUAAAUUAGCAAAAAAAAAGGCCAUAAUGGAUUGUAGUAAAGGAAUGCUAGCAGAUCAACAACAUGUUCUACAAUGCCAAAGGAGGUCAGCCAAUUACAAGCCAAACAUUUGGAAAUAUGAUCUUCUACAGUCUCUUGCAACUCAAUACAAUGAAGAAGAAUAUAAAAGGCAAGUUGAGAAGCUAAAAGAGGAAGUUAUGUGCAUGUUCAUGGAAGCAGUGGACCUAGUAGCUAAGUUGGAGUUCAUAGACAACAUAGAAAAACUAGGUCUUGCCAACCUCUUUGAAAUGGAAAUCAAAGAAGCUCUAGACACCAUUGUAGCUUUUAAGAACAACCAUCCCAUUACAGAAGCGGGUCUCUAUGCUAAUGCUCUAUUCUUUAGGCUCCUUAGGCAGCAUGGAUUUAAUAUUUCUCAAGAUAUAUUUAGAGGCUUCACCAGCAAGAUGGGUACAUUCAUCAAAACCACAAACUGUGAUACUAAAGCAAUGCUUGAGCUUCUUGAAGCCUCACAUCUAGCAUUAGAGGGUGAAAACAUACUGAUUGAAGCUAAAGCAUUCUCUACUGGGAUUCUGAAGAAUAUCACCAAUUCAAAAAAUGUAGAGAACAAAGUUACCAAACAAUUGAGCCAUGCUUUGGAGCUUCCAUUGCAGUGGAGAGUACAGUGGUAUGAUGUCAAGAGUCACAUCCAUGAGCUUGAAAGCAAUGACAACACAAACUCAGUUUUGCUCAAGUUAGCAAAGCUUAACUUCAACAUGGUUCAAGCCACACAUCAAAAUGAUCUCAAGGAGAUAUCGAGGUGGUGGAAGAAUCUUUGUCCGGUAGAAAACUUGAGUUUUACAAGGAAUCGACUGGUUGAAAGUUAUUUGUGGGCAGUGGGAGUUGCAUUUGAGCCUCAACACAAAAGUUUUAGAAAAUGGCUAACAAAAGCCAUAAAUUUCGUCCUAAUAAUUGAUGAUAUUUAUGAUAUUUAUGGAUCAUUGGAAGAACUAGAGUGUUUCACUAAUUCAGUUGAGAGGUGGGAUGACAAGGAAAUUCAACGACUUCCAGAGUGCAUGAAGAUUUGCUUUCAAGCGUUCUACAACACUAUUAAUGAAGUUGCUCAUGAAAUUCAAAAAGAAAAGGGUUGGAAGAACUCAAUAUUACCUUAUCUACACAAAGUGUGGGCAGACUUUUGCAAAGCAUUACUUGUGGAAGCAAGGUGGUACAACAAGAGUUACACACCAACCCUAGACGAGUAUCUUGAAAAUGGGUUGGUUUCAUCAUCUGGACCUGUUCUUUCUCUGCUUGCAUUUUUCUCUGUUAUGGAAGAGACAACAAGAGAAGAGCUUGUAGAUCUUUUGGCAAAGAGUGAUGUUCUUGUGCAUUGUACAUCAAUGAUCAUUCGACUUUGCAAUGACCUUGGAACUUCUGCGGCAGAACUAGAGAGAGGAGAUGCUCCAUCAUCAAUCCUUUGUUUUAUGAGAGAAGCCAAUGUCUCAGAGGAGAUAGCCAGGAAGAAGAUUAGAACCACAAUAAAGGAUACGUGGAACAAAAUUAACCAUGAAUUCAUCACCCAAUCGCCUUUUUUGCAACCAUUUGUCAAAUGCACUGUCAACACAGCUAGAGUGGCUCAUUUUAUUUACCAACAUGGAGAUGGUUUUGGUAAUCAAGAUCGUGAAACUCGAGCCCAAGUCCUCUCUAUGCUUAUCGAACCUCUCAAGAUCAAUUGAAAUGUCGGUUUUCAG